AUGACGAAGGACAGGUUAGCGGCGCUCCAAGCGGCGCAAAGCGACGAUGACGACGUCGGGCCCGACGACGUCAACGUCGCUGUCGAAGGAGGAUUUAUGGAUGAAUUCUUUAGUGAGGUGGAAGAGAUACGAGAGAUGAUAGACAAGAUUCAAGCGAAUGUCGAAGAAGUAAAGAAGAAGCACAGUGCCAUUUUAUCAGCACCGCAGUCAGAUGAAAAAACAAAGCAUGAACUAGAAGAUCUCAUGGCUGAUGUUAAGAAAACUGCCAACAAAGUCAGAGGAAAGUUAAAACACAUAGAGCAGAACAUCGAGCAGGAGGAGCACUCGAAUAAAUCAUCGGCGGAUCUGAGGAUAAGAAAGACACAGCACUCGACUUUGUCACGCAAGUUUGUUGAAGUGAUGACGGAGUACAACCGCACACAGACGGACUACCGAGAUAGGUGCAAGAGCAGGAUACAGCGGCAGCUGGAAAUCACCGGUCGAGCCACUACCGACGAUGAGCUCGAGGAAAUGCUCGAACAAGGCAACUCUGCGGUAUUCACGCAGGGGAUAAUAAUGGAGACUCAACAGGCAAAGCAGACACUCGCAGAUAUCGAGGCGCGGCACGCCGACAUCAUUAAGCUAGAGACUUCAAUCCGCGAGCUUCACGACAUGUUCAUGGAUAUGGCGAUGCUUGUCGAGAGCCAGGGAGAGAUGAUUGACCGCAUUGAGUAUCAUGUAGAACACGCUGUGGACUAUGUUCAAACUGCCACACAAGACACUAAGAAGGCCCUAAAAUAUCAGAGCAAAGCUCGGCGGGAUAACUGUGAUAACAAAACUUCGGGGUUUUCUUUAAUAUUUCCUAACGUUUUACUUCAGCGCUUUGGUCGGUUCCUGUAA